AGUUAUAAGCCGUUGUAAUGGUACGCCUGUAUCAUUCGUCUUUUUGCCGUUUCCGCAUUCUUUGUUCGGUGUCAUCAGCUGGGCGUCGUCUUGUGCUUGACAUUCCGUGCUGCUCCGUGCGCCUGCGAACAGUUUUGUUUGGAGUUGCGUUGUAACUUGAGGUUUUAUUGGCGUCAAAAACUUUUAUUCUUGCUGAAAGCUGAAAAAUGCAGAUCUUCGUGAAAACAUUGACUGGGAAAACGAUCACGUUAGAAGUGGAAGCAUCUGAUACCAUCGAAAAUGUGAAAGCAAAAAUUCAGGAUAAAGAAGGGAUUCCUCCAGAUCAACAGAGGCUUAUCUUUGCAGGGAAACAAUUGGAAGAUGGACGCACAUUAUCAGAUUACAAUAUUCAGAAAGAAUCAACACUACAUUUGGUUCUGAGACUGCGAGGAGGAAUGCAGAUCUUCGUGAAGACAUUGACUGGCAAAACAAUCACUUUGGAAGUGGAAGCUUCAGAUACUAUUGAAAAUGUGAAGGCAAAGAUCCAAGACAAGGAAGGUAUCCCCCCUGACCAGCAGCGUCUGAUCUUUGCUGGCAAGCAGCUGGAAGAUGGUCGCACCCUGUCUGAUUACAACAUUCAGAAGGAAUCCACACUUCAUCUGGUUCUGCGACUUCGGGGAGGUAUCUGAGUAAUAUUUCUGUAAUCCCUUCAUUAAAAAUUGAAGAUAAAUUUUUUAAAAAAUUGGAAUUUCUUAGCUUAACAACUUUUCUCACUCUGGUCAAUGCUUAAAAGUUGAAUGGCCCUUUCAUAAGUAUAAUUCUCAUUUAAUCAAGAGUAUUAUUCAGAAUGGUUGUGUAAUGAAAAGUAUAAUA